AUGACUCCACGCUCCACUGCAUCCUUGCUAACAUCACCUCCUCCUGAGACAGGAGUUGAAGGAGCAGCCCGUCUCUUUGGAGGAAACAACUGCUCUGGCACAGUGGAGAUCUUCCACUCUGGACAGUGGGGGACGGUGUGUGAUGAUUCCUGGGACCUGCUCGAUGCUGAGGUGGUGUGUAGACAGCUGGGCUGUGGCAGAGUCCUCUCAGCACCAACAGGGGCACGCUUUGGACAAGGCAGCGGACCCAUCUGGUAUGAUGAUGUCAUGUGCACGGGCAGUGAAACAAAGCUGUCUGAAUGCUGGCACCCAGGCAUCGGAUCUCACAACUGUGGCCACAGUGAGGAUGCUGGUGUUAUCUGUGAAGCUGCUUCAACAGUGAGACUUGGCAACUCUGGAAACCGCUGCUCCGGCAGAGUGGAGAUCUUCCAUGCUGGACAGUGGGGGACAGUGUGUGAUGAUAGCUGGGACCUGGACAAUGCCAAUGUGGUGUGCAGACAGCUGGGCUGUGGAGCGGCUCAAUCAGCUUUAUCCAGUGCAGCCUUCGGAGCUGGCACAGGGCCCAUCUGGUUGGAUGAUGUCUCUUGUUCUGGGCAUGAGCUAUCCAUAGCAGACUGCCGACAUUCAGGGUUCGGAGUCCACAACUGUGGUCACUAUGAAGAUGCCAGUGUUCUUCAGAUCCCCCACUGGAUGCCUUUCAUCUUUUUUGUCAAGAGAGCAAAAUCCAAAUGCAAGUGGAUGCAAGUCACCUGGCAGCUUCUGGAUUUGACCCAUUCUCUGGACACCUGGCUGAUCGCAACUGCGCCUGGCUUCUCCUGA